UCUCGGGGCUGUCUAUCUCAGGGGCCGCUUCAAAGUUCAGCCCAAUUCCCAGGCUCCUGGGCCACUCGCUGCUCAGCAAGUCGCAAACGCACGGGUCACCGGGGGUCGUAUGUAGUCUUCCGUCGCCAGCCGGUUUGUCCUUGCAAAACGCUCAUUAAUACAGCAAGCCUCACCUUGGCUUCUCGACUGGGUUAUGCUAUGGUCCUGCUGCCUGAUUUGCUUCUAUCAUCUCCCGGACAAGCCGCAGAUGUCAAGCGGGAACCGGAAGCAUUCACGCGGCGAAGCGGGCGUUCUCGCGCAAAGUCUAGCUGCAACCUGCCUCACCGAUAUCCAACUCCAAGACCGCGAAGCUACACUACAAACUUUCUUGAUCAAUAA